AUGACUAUCUGCGGCCUUAUUUUCCCAAUGUUGCAUUUCAUAACUUUAAUAUACUAUGAUUGGACCUUUGACAGUAUUCUUCCUCAUUGGUGGUUCUUGCAUGGAACUUUUGCAAUCUUUUGGUAUCAAACAAUUGAUGCAGUAGACGGAAAAUAAGCUAGGAAAACUGAUAAUUGCAGCCCCUUAGACCUUGAUUAGAUAUCUUAUACAAUUAUCUUUUUAUCUGUGUGUACUCUGUGCAGAACAGGCCAUGAUUUCUGGACGAUAGUUAUGCUUAUGCCUGCAGUAUUUACUCCUCAUUACUCAAUUGAAUACAGAAAGCAUUUCACAAAAAUUCAUGUAACAGUGGUCGGUUUAUUUGGUGCAACAGAGUCAAUGCUAAUAAUGAUGACUGGAUUUAUGGGUUGCUAUUUCCACUCUGAAGCUAAUCAGGUUGAAUUUCUCGGGUUUUAGAUGAAUGUAGUUAAAAUUAUUUUAUAUGGGUCAUUUAUUAGUGGACUUCAUUAUAAUCUGACUAACAUUUACUUCGGUUUCAAUGGGGCUCCUACUACUGAGAGAGCAAUUUAAGCUAUUUAUCCAUAUGUCUAAUUAUACUUCAUGGCAUAUUUGCAAUAGUAUUCCUAAUUUUAUACUAAAAUGCCAAUGAUUUUUUAUGCAGGACUCGGUAUUUACUAGACUUAUGUAGCUGGCUUGUUAAACAUUUCCUCUACAGCUGAGAUACCAUUUUAAUAUCAUUAUUGGGAGGCAUACACUUAUAUAGUGUUGAUAUUAAUUGAUUUUAAUAGACUACUACCAGCACAGUUUUUAGUAGGAGGUUAUAUCUUCCUGGUCAUUGUUAUUUCAAUAAAGUACGGAUUAUUCUUAUACAGUAUUAUAACUCAGCUUACUUCUUAUCUUGGUAUAAAGUUACUCAAAGUCAAGCAAACUAGCAAGAAAGUCAAAUGA